AUGUCAAGUUACGACCGAGCCAUCACGGUGUUUUCACCAGAUGGGCAGUUACUCCAAGUCCAGUACGCCCAAGAAGCCGCCAGGCGGGGGUCAGCAGCUGUCGGCAUCCGAGGGGCAGAUUCCAUUGUUAUAGCAGUGGAGAAGAAGUCAGUGGCUCAGUUGCAGGACGCGAGGUCAGAGAAGAAGAUAGUGGCGCUGGAUAACCAUGUUAUGAUGGCGUUUGCUGGCUGGAGGGCUGAUGCUAGGGUUCUCGUAUCGAGAUCUCAAAUCGAAUGUCAAUCGUACCGCCUCACGGUGGAAGACCCAGUCACCAUAGAGUACAUCACCAAAUACAUAGCUGAGAUGAAGCAACAGUACACUCAGAGCAAUGGAAGACGACCAUUUGGCAUCUCCUGCCUGGUUGGAGGGUACGAUUAUGAUGGCCAGCCACAUCUGUUCCAGACUGAGCCCUCUGGUAUCUAUUUUGAAUGGAAGGCGAGUGCAAUCGGUCGAUGUGACAAGUCAGUGAGAGAGUUUUUGGAACAGACUUAUACUCCAGAGCUGGUGUCUACGGAGAAGAAGGCAGUCAAGCUGGCCAUCAGAGCGCUGCUGGAGGUUAUACAAUCGGGGCAGAAGAAUUUAGAGGUGGCAGUCAUGAAGAACGGAAAGCCCAUGACUCUAUUGGAUGAAGACGAAGUAGCUGCUAUUUCUGCUGAAAUUGUCGAGGAGAAAAAGAAGGCAGAAGCUGAUAAGAAAUUAUAAAACGGUGACCUUUUUAAAAUGUUUGUCUAUAGUA